GCGAGCAUGCUGGGAUGUGUGUGUAACUCGCACAGGUCGGGAAUGGCGUGUUAAAGAGCGCGCACACGCACACGAAUACACACUCUCUGUAGGCUCGCGCGAACAGCUAGCGUGUGUGUUGCGGCGUCGCGCAGGAACUCAACUGGUGCUCGACCUUGACAGACUGGGACACCAUCCUCCUCCUCCUCCUCCUCCUAAUCAUCAUCAUCAUCAUCAUCAUCGGCGCGAGCUCCAGACUCCAGUUCAGCGCACUUGAAACUCAGCUGGCACUUCCUGGGGUGUAAGGGACUGCUGCUGUCACAAUGGACGCCCAAUCACAAGGCCAGCAGCCACCGGUGCCAGUGUUUCAGCCACAGAAAAUCCAACAGGAUAUGGGCUAUAACAAUUUAGCCAAUUUUGCCAUUGAAAAGAAGAUCGGAAGGGGGCAAUUCAGCGAGGUUUAUCGAGCUACGUACAUACUAGACCAUACUCCAGUAGCUUUGAAAAAAGUGCAGAUAUUCGACUUGAUGGAUGCCAAAGCCCGGCAAGAUUGCAUCAAAGAAAUAGAUCUCCUGAAGCAAUUGAACCACCCCAAUGUAAUUAAAUACCACGCGUCAUUCAUUGAAGAGAACGAGCUAAAUAUAGUACUGGAACUCGCAGACGCUGGGGACCUCUCACAAAUGAUAAAGCAUUUCAAGAAACAAAGGCGGCUGAUUCCCGAGAAGACAGUAUGGAAGUACUUUGUUCAGCUGUGUAGUGCACUGGAGCACAUGCACUCCCGCCGUGUCAUGCACAGAGACAUUAAACCUGCUAAUGUCUUCAUCACAGCCACUGGAGUGGUGAAACUGGGCGAUCUGGGCUUGGGGCGCUUCUUCAGUUCCAAAACAACCGCAGCUCAUUCUCUAGUGGGCACCCCAUAUUACAUGUCUCCCGAGCGAAUACACGAAAACGGAUAUAACUUCAAAUCUGACAUCUGGUCGCUAGGCUGCCUGCUCUAUGAGAUGGCUGCCUUGCAGAGUCCAUUCUACGGGGACAAAAUGAACCUGUACUCGCUGUGUAAAAAGAUUGAGCAGUGUGACUACCCCCCAUUACCGUCUGACCAUUACUCUGAAGAGCUGAGAAAACUGGUAGAUAUGUGCAUCAACCCUGACCCAGAGAAAAGACCUGACAUCACCUACGUAUACAGCAUCGCCAAGCACAUGCAAGCCUUGACGAUUGCAAACUGAGUUUGCUACCCGAUUCCUCUUGCUUCUACUCUGAAGACCUUCAUCUGGCCCACCAAUGACAUUUAAGCUUGUUUUACUCCAUCAUAAUGCAACCUGUCAUCUUUCAGUACAAAACAUACAACAUAAGGCUCAAAGCAAGGCCUUUGGUUUACUAGAACUACAUCAAAAAAAUGACCUUAACCUUUCGAUAUAGCACUCCAAAGAAGAAAAUGGACAAUUAAGCAGUGUUGUAAACUGGUUUGACUUGAUUUUUGCUCUUUUCGAUGGUGGUCCAGUGCGAUGAUUGCGUAUAUACCUCCAUUUUUGUCACCGCAUUAGCAAAUGUAAAAUCUGAUGUGCUUUUCACAAUCCUACAACAACCCUUCCAAGAACUUUUUUUAUGAGAAAAACAUCUCUAUAAAAAGAAAAUGAAAAUUCCCCUUAAAAAGCAACUUUCUUGCUUUAAAACAUUUCGGAGGUUUGUCGUUCUAUUAAAAGAGCAUGAUAUCAUAGUGGUAUUUGUCACAGUUUUUAUGGGCUAAAUAACUAGUCCAUAUCUAAACUUCAGCAGUUUGCAUCUUGCUGUGAUGCAAGAAAAACAUGCACUCAAGUAUUUUUUUUUUUUUUUUUUUUUUUUCCUCGCCAUCCUUUCUGCACCUAAACAUGUUUAUUGCAAUUCUUCUAUGGAUUUUAGGCCUCAAACAUUUUGCAGUUUAAAAUGCAUUAAAUAAAUCCUUGAUUGUGACAAUACAUUUGCUUUAUCAAAUAAAGCAUUCAGAAUGAAGUCCAUUUUAAAAGGCAAAUUCUUCCCAGUAUCCGCACCUUUACGGCUGAUACUUGAACUUUAAUAAAUGAUUAAUGCAACGGCCUCACUUGCAAUGCAGUAACUUAUAAAUAUUCGCACAUUCUCUAUACCUUCGUAGUGCCUUGUUCUGAAAGCGCGAAGCGCGUGCCUUUCUUCGUGUAAACCAAAGGGUUUUUUUUAAGAGAUUGGCAACAAUUACAUCAUUCAGUUGGUUUACAUGCAACACAACCGGUGUGUAUAAUAGCAUCCUGAAAAAGGUACGUUUACAAAUGACUUUUUACAGUGCAACACGCGAGUCCGUUCGGCCUUGUACAAUUCUGCUAUGUUCACGAAAACUUUUGACCUCUUCCAGACUGUAAUCUAUGUGCUCCUGUGCUGCUUUCCAGAAUGUGGCUUGUGAUCUUCGGCAGACUCGGUCUAAUAUGAGUUGCACAAGCGUAUGAAGUUAUACUAUACAGACAGCAGCUAUUAUGCAGCACCUUUUGCAGACAGUAUGAUUUGCUGUGAUCGUACCAAGUAUAAAAUGGUAUGUUUUUUUGUAACUUUAGUCGAGAGGAUUUUUAGUGUUUACCUUUUUCUUUUUUAAUGUAUUUUGCAGUAAUCACCUUUUUCUUUCGCCUUAUGUUAACACGAUAACAGAUUAUGCUUGUUGCCUUAUAGAUGAUAGUUUGUAUUUAUCUCAACAAGCCUUCUCCAGCGAGAUCUGGAUCCUUUACCGCGGUAAAGCACACGUGAAUCGGACGCUCACGGUCUGCCAGACUGUACUCUCUCUACUUUCGCCCAAAUCCUUUGGGAGGGGGAAGGAAAGGCAACUUUUUAUUUAUUUGUCUUUUUUUGACGGUUUAUUUGAACAUGUUUAACAUUCAAGAUGCACAUUAAUUCUUUAUAUGCUAAUUGAAAUGAAAAAAUAAAUAAAAUGAAAUGACUUAAACCA